CUUUCGUUGCGGACACCUCUCCUCGUCCUCCUCUCCUCUCCUCUCUGUUCUUUCCCUCCUUAAAUCUAUUUUCUAUUCAAUAGCUCACUCUUCAUUUCCUCUCCUCCUCGCUUUCCUCGCUUUCUCGCUCAUCUCUUUCGCUCGGACUACUUGAGUUUUCACGUAUCCCAUCAUGGGUCUCUUGACAGUCGGACAACCCUUAUCCUGGAGCAGCACUAAAUCGAAAGCUGAGUACAUCCGUCAACACGGAAUAAUCCAAUUCGUGAACUCUUACAACAAGUAUAAGGAUAACAGCAAUGCACCCUUCCUUUGGGGUGAUGAGGUCGAAUUUUUUGUUUGCCAGAUGGAAGAGACCGAGAAGCGUGCGAGAUUGCCAUUCUCUGCUCCAGAAGUCAUUGCGAAGCUGGAAUCGAUCUCCGAGGAGGCGCUGGAUGACUCCGAGGGAGAGGUAAUGGCCAAGGAAAAGCUGGCUAUCUGGCAUCCCGAGUAUGCAAACUGGAUGAUUGAAGCAACUCCAGCUGCUCCAUAUGACGGAACGUUGGAUGGGAUCGUGCGGGUACAGGACAACAUGGCCAACAGGAGGAAGCUUUUGUUGAGCGUGCUCACCGACGGUCAAGAAGUGUUUACCCUCCCCGUCUUCCCGAGGUUGGGAUGCGAAUCGUUCACAGUGGAGGACGUGAAACCAGAUCCCAAUGGAGAAGUUUCCAAGUCGAUGUACAUUCCUGAUGCUUCCAUUCAGCCUCAUCCGAGGUUUCCAACUCUCACGAGGAACAUUAGGGAGCGCAGAGGAGAGAAGGUCCUGAUAUCAGUCCCUGCGUUCCAGGACAAGAAUACUGCGUCAACGAUGGAAACACAAGCCAAGAAGAUUCUUGAUAACGAGGGAGGCAAUGAGAUCCUUGCACAGCUUGGGGACAACUCUAUUUACAUGGAUGCCAUGGCGUUCGGUAUGGGGGCAGGAUGCCUGCAGGUUACUUUCCAAUCCGCGGAUGUCUCUCAGGCCCGAUUGCUUUACGACCAGCUAGCGGUUCUUGGACCUAUCAUGUUGGCUAUGACCGCAGCAAGUCCCAUCUGGAAAGGAAUUUUGGCCGACAUUGAUGCAAGGUGGAAUAUCAUCUCGGCAUCUGUAGAUGAUCGUCCCCGCGAAGAAAGAGGACCAAAAGAAUCCUCGGAGAACAAAGUGCUUCCCAAGUCACGUUACUCCACGAUUGAUUGCUACAUCUCUGAGUCGGACAUGAACCGGGAGCACUUCAACGACGUUGCGAUUCCCAUGGACGAAACCUCUUAUGAAGAUCUCCUCUCGCAAGGAAUUGAUUCCCGGAUGGCUAGGCACGUUGCUCACCUGUUCGUAAGGGACCCGUUGGUCAUCUUUGAAGACAAACUCUCCGUCAACAACGAGACUCAAACAGACCACAUGGAGAAUCUCUGGAGCACCAACUGGAAUUCCGUGCGAUUCAAGCCUCCUCCUUUGACAAACCCGCAUGGGAUCCAAUGGCGUGUGGAAUUCCGAACCAUGGAGCUGGGCUUAACGGAUUUUGAGAAUGCCGCUUUCUCGAGCUUUAUGAUCCUCCUUGCGCAAACAAUCGCUGCAAAGAAGCUGGAUCUGUACAUGCCAAUCUCUAAAGUCGAUGAGAACAUGGAUCGUGCUCAUAAGAGGAAUGCGGUUGAGAACCAGAAGUUUUAUUUCAGACAGUGUGUGGAUUGUCACCUUAGGGACGAGAAGCUUGACUCGCGCCCUUGCGUGAAGGAAUUCACCAUGGAUCAAAUUGUUAACGGCGAUUCGACUCUGGGGAUGAAGGGCCUUGUCGGCCUCGUUCGUGACUACGUGAACGAAAGGCCUGGAACCAAGGAAACUCUCUCACGUAUCGAACUGUACUUGGACUUCAUCUCCCUCAGGGCCAGCGGCAAGAUCCCAACCACGGCCGAAUGGCUGAGGCAGGAAGUGCUCUCCCAUGAAGCGUACAAGUUCGACAGCGUUGUGUCUGAGGAGAUCUGCUAUGACCUGCUCAUCAAGUGCAAAGCGAUUGCUGAGGGGCAAGCGAACGACAAGCUGUACGGAAAGCUAGCACCGAUGGUUGCGGAAUGAGUCCGAAUCGAACGAACCAGCUACCAAGGACAUGGUGGGGGCGGGAGAAAGUGAGUCAUCAAACAUGUUUCAGUCGCCCCUCUCUCCGCGAUCCAUUCAACGGUUGUGGGACGAGGGCACUGAAGGCUCGGGGGAAGCGACAGAGUCGUUGGGCUCCGUUUGGGGAGGGAACACUGGAUAUUUUACUUCAAACUGUGACCUCCAAUCGGGACAUGCGGCGAGAUGUGCAGGGUUUGGCCAGCAGUGCGUCUGUUUAGGUUGCACCUGUGCUGUGUGAGAAGCAUUUUUUAUUGUAAAGUAGAUGUAGUGUAGCGCUGUUGAAUAGAAAUUGUUUGUACUUACC